CAUGAAUAUUUCAGAGGCCGGCUGAUGUCAACAGCACUGGAGCAGCAGCUAUAAAGAGGGGGAUCUCUGUCCAGGAGACCCUCCAGACCCUCCACCUGCUGAAGACAAGGACCCUUCCUCCUCCUCUUCCUCCUCCUGCCUGUGUUUCAGCACCAUGGUCAGCGCACGAGCUCUCCUCCUCGCGGUCACCUGCUGCUGCGCGUACCUGUGGCUCGCUCGUGCGGAGGGAGACUCUUCACUCGAGACGCGCUCGUUGGAUUUCUCGCCAAAAAGACAACAGGAGAAAGACCUGAUUGACGCGUUGCAAGAAGUGCUGGAGAAGCUGAGGAGUAAGGAGAUGCCCUCUGAGAAAAAGCUUGGCUGGCUGCCCUCGUGUGACGCAGGGGAGCCAUGUGCCGUGCGUAAAGGCGCGCGUAUUGGCACCCUGUGCAGCUGUCCCCGGGGGACUUCCUGCAACUUCUAUGUUCUGAAAUGUUUGUGAAAGAAGCAAACAAGAAACCAAGAGAUGGCGGGAGAGAGUGCAGGGGUUUGGGGUCAGAACAAGAAGGUGUCCCCUCCUUAAUGUGAGAUAUGGCUGCAACGGUUGCCAUUCUCCUUGUGAUGAUAAGAAAAAAGAGAUGUAGUACUGCAUGUCAUUAAUAAAGGAUGUUUUUCUUUUAUAAACUUCGUCCGAUACAAUUUUUUGAGCAUGUUCAAUGUUCUGUGUCUGUCUUUGUGUUUUCUCAGACUUUGUGAUCGGGGGAUGAGGAAGUUAUUUG